AUGGACAAAAUCAGGGAGAAGGAGGAGGGCGAGACCAGGGCGGCGGGGAUGGGCGGGGGCGACAAGGACGAGGACGGUAUGCCAAGACUGCCUCCAAAGGUUGUCGAGGUGUACGGGGCUAUUGGAAAGAUGCUGAAAUCGUACACAGCAGGGAAGCUCCCCAAGGCGUUCAAGAUCAUCCCUUCCCUCACAAAUUGGGAGCAGGUGCUGUGGUUGACCAAACCCGAGCAAUGGUCGAAUCAUGCCAUGCUCGCAGCUACCAAGAUCUUCGCGUCCAACUUCAACGCCAAGAUGGCGCAGAGAUUCUACAACGUUUUUCUCUUGGAGGCUUGUCGAACCGACAUCCUGGAGAACCGACGGCUGAACUACCAUCUCUACGAAGCCCUCCGCAAGUCCGUUUACAAGCCAGCGGCGUUUUACAAGGGGAUGCUUCUACCUUUGGCUUCCGCGGGGGACUGCACCCUCAGAGAAGCAGCCAUCUUCGCCAGCGUCCUUUCGAGAGUGACGAUUCCGGCGAACCACUCCGCAGUAGCGUUGCUCAAGCUGGCGCAGCUUCCGUACAACGGCGCCACGUCUCUUUUCAUCCGUGUGCUGCUCAACAAGAAGUACGCGCUCCCGUACAAGGUUAUCGACUCUCUGGUCGACCACUUCAUGACCUUCACCACGGAAACCCGAGUCCUUCCCGUUCUGUGGCACCAGAGCCUGCUCGUCUUCGCGCAGCGGUAUCGUGGAGAUAUCACCCGCGCCGACAAGAACCGGCUUAAAGAGCUGCUGAAAGCCCAACAGCAUCACCAAAUUACACCAGAGGUGCGACGGCAGCUCUUCAUGGGCGGCUGCAGAGGGGAGCCCAAAGGCAGCCUCGCGUCCACCCCGCGAUCAACGAACGAUGCUAUGGCGACGGGAUAACGAUAUUUAUUCUCGGUGCGGGGGGCGAGCGUUCGGCCGAUUAACCAAGCUUGGAAUACCUGCAGACGCGUUUGUCUAGUAUGCUUGAUUGAGCAACCGAAAGGCCAGCUGGCCUUUGACCCAGUUGUCAGGUAACGGGGCGAAUACUUGAGAUCGAUCGCUUUUAAUGCAGUUGGCGACCUUCGUACUGUGGUAGAGGUUUUGAACUUCCUGUCGACGUACUCACGCCACUGUCACCCGGUGUCGUGUUAGUGUUGCUGACUUUAGGGACGAACAUGCCGAAACGGUAACUGCACGAAUAGCGGCAGAUGGAUGAUGGUGGGUGUUUUUCUGGUAAGGGUUGAACGAAGCACCAUACCAGUCAUGUGCCUCGCGAAGGUAGUGAAAGCACCAGCACAGGACAUGAACAUGGGAUCACUGUUGUCCGUUUGUAGGCGAUGGAGUAUACUUCUGAAAUGGUGCCCAAGGAGUGUUGGUUGUGGCAUGUCCGCUUCCGGCCAAAGAAGCGGAUCCCAGCGGUCUUGCUAGGGUUGGAAUAUCGCAAAAAUACAGAUUCAAAACCGGUGGAGUGCGCAUUUCUUUCACCAAUGGGGAAUGAUUUAUCCAUCGUCAGGGCACCGAACCCUUCCGUGGAGGCCUGGAGCAUUCCGGCGUCGAUAGUGGCUCGCGGCAUGCCGUUGUGGGAAACGGCCCGUAGGGACGCACUCUCAGGCUCGCUACGUCGGCCGCAGCACGCGUUGACUACCAUACGCCGUAGCGCAUGCUUUGCUUUUUACGACACUCUCCGUUUGGUGUCCAUGUCGAAGCGUCCCCGUAACACUCCGAGGUUGUGCGUGUGCGAAAGGUGAUGCAAACAUCAAGAGCCGGUGGUAAACUGUAGCAGCACUCGGAUCGACCCUCGUUUCCUCUCUUACAUGGCGGAAUACCCGCAAGCAAUGUUCAGAGAGACCCCGCGUACGGCAGUACAGCCCAUACACACAAAUGAAAAUUCCCAAGCUCUAGCUUGGAGCUUUCCGGACCCAAGAGUCUUCGUUUCGGUGUCGUGUUCAAUCGCAUAGCCCACCCCUUGCCCGAUCAGAUCUCAAAUGCUGAUCUCGAGCUAUGCGAGCGACACCCGAGGCCUGACUCGGUCGGGGGUCGAGAAUCAUCAGCCCUCCCGGAGUUUCUCGAGUUUCCGCCAUCUGCGGCCGGCGAGAGUAAUCUCGGUGUAUUUCUCCCUCUGAGUUCGGUGAUUGAACAGGCAGAGUUGUUGUUGUUUUCUUCACGUUUGUGUUCGAAAAAAUUCAUGUUACAGGCAGCGGAGUGGCACGCGUUUUGGUUCAUUUUGUGCAUGCGGAGAUCAUUCGUUCGUCUUCGUAGCACAUGCAGUAUGUAGCGGGGAAGUUGAUGCCCUUUCCUCGCGUAGCAAGUGCAGCAAUGUGCAUGGUCUCCCACGGACAGCGCGGUGACUAUUGUAUUCUUGCUGAUUCAUCGGCGCGGCCAUACUGUUCAUCAAUGCUGUUUUCGUGGCUUCCUAGGUACUUGUAUAUAGAUAGGUUUUACUUUGGGCUCUCGUUCGGGCCGGUGGGUUGCGUUUCCUCGUGUGGGUUGAAGGCUGCUGCGGUGCUGGAUGUUGCUGGCGUGCUGUUGCCCAUUUUCUCGCUGCAGCACAUGUGCGACGCUUUGCAUUGUUUGUGUCCUGCCAGAGAGGAUAUAGCCGGGGAUGUUCGCCGUAGCCUAGGAACAGCCAAAGGUACCCCUACUUGGGUAGCACUGAUACAGCCAGGCCCUUUUUCUGAGUUGUAUCGACACGCGAUUCAAAUUGUGUGCCAGCAAAGUAAAUGAAGGCUAACGAAGGUGGAUGAAGUUCUUGCUGUCUUCGUGAAUCGAAAAUCAUUCUGCCAAAGGUUCGUUGGGCAUGUCUAUUGUUGAAUACCUGGGGGUACUAUAUAGGUAGGAGGCAGAGCCAAUGCGGUAUGUGGCAAGGACCUCCGGGUUAGAAGCAUAAGUGAUGGUUUUGCGUACGGUGGGCACGGCGCGCGAAGUGAUUCUUGCCUCACCCAGUCCCUUCCCUCACUCGGAACUUGAGUCAUUCAUCCCUCUUUUGCGCGAGACGCUCUCGACGAGAACCCGCGAGCAUGAUAACGACGGCGCACGGAAGCCCGAACGUCAUGACGUCACCUGCGAGUAAUCGUCCUUUGAAAAUCGGUCAAGGAUGGGGGGGUAUCUUGGGUACCGGAGUGGCCUAGGGCGGCAAGCAUCACUUUAACCAAUAUCAACGCGGUUCGCUGACCCUUACUUGAGGGGCAUCUGCGC